AUGCAACACUGUCGACAUGUUCUUCGUCGCACGUCUCGACAAUUGAAUUUUCAUGGUAUACGCCAGCUUAGGACCGCCCACACUCAGAGCGACUUGCUGGACGAGCUGCGUUCCCGGGGACUUGUGUCGGACAUCACGAGGCCAGAGCAGCUCGCCUCUGAGCUCAAACGAGAACGUCAGACGGUUUAUGCAGGAGUCGACCCCACCGCCAAAUCGCUGCAUGUCGGACACCUCCUCCCGUUCCUUUGUUUGUUCCACUUCCAACUUCGCGGACAUCAAAUCAUCCCAUUGAUAGGAGGGGCAACAGGGCUCAUUGGAGACCCUUCGGGGCGGUCUACCGAGCGACCGCUCUCCAGACAGCCUGUGGUCGAGGAGAAUGUUGUGUCGCUGACCGCGGCCAUACAACGAUUUUACUCAAAGGCCUUGGACUACGCAGAAGAAAGGCUGCAGUUCUCGUCAAGCACGGUCUUGCCACCAGACGUUCGGAACAACAUAGAGUGGCUGCGGGAGCAGAACUUGCUCGAGUUCCUCCGAACAGUGGGCAUUCAUAGCAGGGUUAACUCGAUGCUGGCGAGGGAGAGCGUCAAGGCGCGUCUCGCGUCUCAACAGGGCAUUUCCUUCGCGGAAUUCACAUACCAACUAUUGCAAUCGUAUGACUUCCUAACGCUACAUCAGAGAGCGGGAUGCAAUAUCCAAAUCGGCGGUUCGGACCAGUGGGGUAACAUUAUUGCCGGAAUCGACUUGAUCAAUCGGGUGAAUGCCAUCGGCGGCACCGAAAGCACUGUUGAGAAAGGUUUCGGUCUUGUGACUCCCCUUUUGACCACAGCUACUGGAGAGAAGUUUGGCAAGAGCGCAGGAAACGCAGUGUCGCUUGAUGAACGAGUGACAAACGUGUUCGAAUUCUACCAGUUCUUCCUCAGGACUCUUGAUGCAGAUGUUAGUCAGUACUUGAAAAUGUUCACUUUGUUGCCGAUACCAAGAAUCGAUGAAGCGUUAGAGGCACACACGAGGAGCCCGGAGAAGCGGAUCGCACAGCGUCUCUUAGCUCAAGAAGUCACACAACUUGUCCACGGAAAGGACGGGCUGCGUAGAGCUGAGAUUGCGACCAGGGUGUUGUUCGACAACGAUUAUACCACCUUGAAGGCCGAUGAACUCGUCGACUCAUUACGAGGCUUGCCUCUGCUUCAUUUCUUUGCGGAAUCAGACAUGUACGGCACGCCCAUCACCAAGCUGGCUGUCCGAAUUGAGCUCGCCUCCUCCAACAGCGCAGCUCGUCAACUAGUCGCUGCGAAGGGAUUGCAUGUCAACAACCAACUAGUCACUGACGCGCAGCAGAAACUCGGGUCUGCCGAUCUGAUUGACGGACGAAUCGCAAUCAUCCGCGCGGGUAAACACAAGCAAGCAGUAGUAGUGCUGCAGUGA